ACGGAUCGAUAUUUAAACAAGACAUGGUAUUUAGGAAUACGUAGAAUUUAAAAUUUAAGUGUCUUCCAGGAAGUAAAUCAUGUAAGAAAUGAAAUUAGAAUUAAUCAUAUUUGGUUACUUUGUUUAUACGUAACUAAGGAAGUAAAUAGUGACAUUCGCUGUGCGAAAGGAAUUUAAGGUUUUAAACAGUGCAUAUUGGUACAUAAUAUAGUUCUGUGGUGCAUAAUAUAGUACUAUAAAUCACAAUCAUGAGCAGCCAGGGAAAGGGAGCCAAUAGAGGCGCCAGUUCAAAAGCGAAAAGUAAGCAAGACGGCAAAGUUAAACCACCGACUGAGAAGGAAAAGGAAUUACAAGUAAAAAUAGAUGGACUCAAGAAGGAGGUGCUCAUGCUUCGCUGUAAUCUAAUCCCUUCGGAAAUUGAAGAGAAAAUACGCCAAGAAAACAAGAAUGUAUCAGAAGUAAAUAUGGUCAGCAUGCUACAUGAGCAGAUCCGAAGGUUGGAGAAUGAACUUAAAGAGCAAGCAUCAAGUGGCGAUUCAUCAAGUUCAGACGAUUCAGAGUUACAGCAGAAAAUAGCCAAACUGACAGAACAAACUACUUCACAGGAAAAAGAAAUCACUAACAAGGAGAAAAUUAUACUUACUUUAGAAGGGAAGUGCAAAGAAUUUGAAAACUUAGCUGCAGCGAGAUUAAAAGACAUGGAAGAAAAUAGAAACUCAGAAGCCAAACUGAACAAUGUAAACGAAGAUUUAAAACUAAAACUCUCGGAAACAGAAUCUGAAUUACGCAAGUACAAAAACAGGCUUCCUCAAACUCUUGCAGAAAGUGCUACAGCAAAAAACAAGAACACAACUCAACAUUUAGAUAAAGACGUUUUGAAGAAUUUAGAAAAUCAAAUAAAGUCAAAAGAUAAUGAAAUUUCGCAGGCAGCAGAUCAACUUAAAAUGAAAGCAGAUGAAAUCAGCAUGCUGAAGAAAGAACUCGAAGAAUCUAAAAGUUCGCUGGCAGUAGUUCCACUUAAAAAGGAAACAGAUGAAAUCAGCACGCUGAAGAAUGAACUAGAAAAAUCUAAAAGGGAAAAUGAUGACCUCAAGAGCGAGAAAAAACAAUUACAGAAGUCAAACACAGAAGAACAAGAAACAAAACAAACAGAAAUAGAUAAGCUGAAAAAGGAGUUGAAGAUCCUGCAAGAUAAACUUGACAAAUCCGAGAAGAGUCAAAGUGGGACCGAAGAUAACUUAAACACAUCGGAUCCACAGGCAGUAGAUCAACUUAAAAAGAAAACAGAUGAAAUCAGCACGCUGAAGAAUGAACUCGCAGAAUCUAAAAGGUCAAACACAGCAGAACAAGAAACAAAAGAAACUGAAAUAAAUAAGCUGAAUAAGGAGUUGAAGAUCCUGCAAGAUAAACUUGAAAAUUCCGAGAAGAGUCAAAAGAGGACCGAAGAAAACCUUAAAAAAUCUGAUUCGCAGGCAUCAGAUCAACUUAAAAAGAAAACAGAUGAAAUCAGCACACUGAAGAAUGAACUCGAAGAAUCUAAAAGGACCAUACAACAGCUCCGCAAAGAAAAGAGUACGGGAGAUGCAACACGCAGCAGCAGCGCAAAUGUGAAAACAAAAGGUCUGGUUGAAAAAUAUGAGAUGACCGAAAAAGAGUUGAAAAGUGCCAAAGACGAAAUUGAUGAACUGAAAAAUAGGCUCAGCAAGGUAGUUGGAGCUAAUAUAAUGAACGACAAUCCAAAUAUUACUGACCUCAGUGACGAAAAUCGGCCUACUAAAUUGUCGGAGAAAUUUUCUGAACUUUACGACAAUGAAUGGACUGAUGCAUUUGAAGAAGCCGAAAAUGAGCUGCAAUCAGAAGAGAAGGGUAUCGCCUAUCUCUACAAAACAUUGGAGGUGAAUUACAUAUCAUGCUAUAGAAAUAACUUAAUAUGGAAACAAAUCUUAUAUUUUCUGGAGAAAACUACAU